AGCUGUGUUAGUGUGUACAUGGUGUAUUAGUCGUAAAGAUGGCAUCUAGAUCUGCCAGUAUUAGGAGGGCACAGGUACCAAUGCCUUGUGGUUUUUGUAAUGGGAACAAGAUACAAUGGAAAUGUGAGGAAUGCGAUAUAUUUAUGUGCAAUACCUGUAAAGAUAAAAUCCACGGAAGAAUCAAAUCUACAAAAGAUCAUGAAGUGAUAUCCUUUAAAAAUAUUAAGGAGGAUUCAUUUUCUUCUACAGAGGUUUCAUCUGAUGUCAUUUCAUCAAUUUUCAAUUCGUAUAUAACAACUAUACCAGUAAGUAAUUUGCAAUGCUCAGAUGAUGAUAUAUUAUACAUUAUUGCAAGCAAAGACCAAGAAAAACUCAUUAAGGGAAAAAUGCUGAAAGCAUCAAUACGAACAAUGAUGUCCCUUGAUGAAGCUAUUUUUGACAUUGCCGUAAACAAACAGGGUGAACUUCUUUUUACUCAACUGUCUCGUGUACCAGAAAGUCCCCUUCGCUUGUUGUUAAUGUCUGGAGAGAUCCGAACGCUUAUAAACCCUAACCCAAUGAGAUUACUUGCUUUGCAUUUGAAUAAGGAUAAUGAAUUGGUAUGUGGUCUACGUGAACAAGGGCCUCCAUUCCCAAUUCAUGAUUUCUCCGUUCGACAAGUUGUUAUUUUUGGAAGCGAUUACAAAAGAAAAAUGACUUUUGAGUUCGACGGAAAGGGAAACAGAUUAUUUUCACACCCAGCUCGCAUCCGUACAGACUCCAAAAAUGUAACGUAUAUUGUUGAUUGGAUAGCUAGCAACCUGUCAGGAAGAAUAGUAGCAUUGGAUAGAAGUGGUCGUCUGAAAUUUAGUUAUUGCGGCCCUACCUAUUUUAACUUCUUCAAACCAUCAUCAAUUGUUGUCACUCCAAGUGAUAAUAUUGUGCUGUCUGAUCAACACAAUGACGCUUUACUUGCCUUAAAUUCGAGAGGAAAUCUCCUGGCAAUACAGUUUGUUCAUGAACUGAAUAUCACUACUCCUUGUGCCCUUUGUAUAGAUAGUGAAGGCUUUUUAUUAAUUGGCUGCUACCAAGAUGAAGGUCAAAGUGGGAAAAUUCACGCAGUAAAGUUGACAGAGACCCUCAUGUAAGGAAGUUGAUAGCUGAGGAUAUUGUGACCUUUACCAUAUGCCAUAGUUUGCUUUGAGUCUCCCUGAGCCAGUAACAUGAAGAUGCUAUGGUUAUGUUUUUUUUACUAUAAUUUUAAUGGAUGUUGUCACAAUAUACGCAUGUGCACGACGAUAUCUUCGUUUCUGAAAAAAUUGUCACGAUCAAAACCAAAAGUUUAAAAAGUCAGAUAUACUAGUAUACAAUAUUGUUGGCACUUGAAAUUUAAAUGAGUAAGUGCAAAUAAGGCAAGAAAAAAUAGUCCGAUGGAGGAUAAAAUGCACUUUUUGCUCAUUACCAAAAAUCUCGCACUUUUUUUUUGGGGGGGGGGGGGGGGAGGCUUUCUUCAUGUACAUUUCAACCAGGAAAACCAAUUCAAUUAUCAAUUUGUUUUGCUUUCCUCCAAUCUCUCAUUUUAUUCUGGAAAAGCGAGGUGAAAGAUAUCAAAGUCGAAAACAAACUGACAAUGCCAUGGCAAAAAAAAAACGAUCAAAAGACAAAUAAUAGUAUUCAAAACAUAACAAAGGAAACUAAAGACAGAUCAACACGAACCUUAACAGAAACCGGGGGUGAUAUCAUGUGCUUUGGAAGGGUACGCAGAUCCUGUACCCCAUGUAUUCCCCGUCGUGGUGCUCACGUUAGUACAAACCCGGUGAUAAGUUUAAUUCUGUUAGUCACAUUUGAGUAGAAGAGGAAGGGAUUGUGGUGACGACAAUUGGAACAUAUCUGUGGUCAUCUGUGAAACAGAUAUUCCAUAACGGUCAACCAACACAUGAUGGCGUCCGUAAAAUUUUCGAAGGGAUGAUUUCAACUUCACCACCUGGAACUCUUUGGUUAAUAUCGUCCUUGAAAGCGGCAACCCUCUAUCAAGGAAAUCAUGAUAGGAAAUGCAAGCUCUGGAAUAUCGUAUAAAACGGGAUAUAUAUACUCCAUAUGCAGGCGCUGCUGGAAUGUGGCUACAUAGAUAUGGCAAGUUUACAAUUUGGAAGCUGAAAUUAUCUCUGUUGUCCUAAAGUUUUAUUCUCAGCCGUCCGUCAUUGUCAAUUUCUAGAUGUAAGUUAAGAUAUGAGGCAAACUUAACUGUAUCUGUUGUAUCACUUAUUUCAAGUUCGAUGGGAUAGAUGCGUUCAACAUAGUCACCAAACUUUGAACUAUUUAGUGACAGGACAUCAUCUAUAUAGUGGAACGUGAAGUUAAAGGAUAAUACUAGCUUCUUUUAAUUCUUUCUAAGAAGCUCCUUAUGAAUUCAGCGUCAAAUGAAUAAAGGAGGAAGUCGGCAAGUACCAGAGCACAGUUAGUUCCCAUAGGAAUACCAAUUGUUUGUUGAAAAAUACGUCUCCUGCAUACGCAACAAAUAAUUUAAACCAAUUUUACAACACAUCCAAUUUAAAGCUGUUAUCACAUAUCAAGUUCGUUCACUAUAUUUUGUUCAAGUCAGUGUCUUCUUCGAAUAGGAGAUACAUGACUAGGAUAAAUCUAUCGGCUAUCGUCACACAAUUUAUUUACUGAACUAGACGUUUCAAUGAUGUAGAAAUGACAUAUAGAAUUUGCCUAACAUGUUCCAUGAAUGUUAUGAGAGAUAAACAAUUUGUCAAACCAUCUUAUUUGUCAGGAUGAGUUAAACUUUUAAGUGUGUAAAACGGGUCUCUGAAUUGUGUUACUAUUUAGAAAUAAAGCUUUAAGUUUUCGUACUGUUUUAAUUAACCUUGAUGUAAUUUCUAUGAACAAUCACAAUUUGUACAACCAUGAAUUUUAAUUGUUUUCAAUAUUUUAAUGUUAAUUGAUAUAUGUUUUAAAGCUAAUAAAGAAUAUAAUUGUGUAAUA